CUCCUUCUCUCUUCCCUCUCUCCCCUCUCUCUCUCUCUCUCUCUCUCUCUCCUUUCUACACCUUUCCACACUUUGCAAACUCUCUUUUUCACGAGCAAUGCCUGCAAAAAGCUAGGGUUUAUCUCUCCCUGCUCUCUCUACCCCUCUCCCUCCGAAUCCCCUAAGGCCUACGCCUUUAAGGCUCCAACCCCCUCCUCUCCCCUGUCGGUGGUUAAAUCAACCCCCCUCUCUCUCUGUGGGUUUCCGCCAUAGCCACAGCUCUGCGUUUCACUUUGUUCCGGAAGCAACUGAUGCAGCAGCAGCAAAAGCUUCCUUUUGGUCUGUGAGCUGGGACUAGUUGCUGUUGGUUUUCAUAGACACAGAUAUUCGCGUCUGAAAAGCUACAAUGCGGGAGCUGACUGACUCACUGAAAGAAGAACGUGAUUGAAUUUACUUGUUGGCUUUUCUUGGGGUGGUUGGGGAUUCUAGAUCGUGCUCCAAACCCGUGAAUUUCAGCUGGUUUUCCCCCUUUCCCGCUUGAUAUUUUUGCGGAUCAGGAUUUGGGUUGCUCUCGGUUCUAUGGACUUCAUUGAUGAUUCAGCAUCUCAGAGUUUGGGUUCUUACCAAUUUCGGCUUCGAGUCCAUGGUUAUAGAUAGCAGGGUUUGUAUAGGGCGAUAAUCUGCUUCUCUGCUGAACCCAUAAGCUCAUAUUUGUAGUGAUGGAGGAUAUAGGGUUGUUUAGACAAGCUUGGAAAUGGCUGCAGUCACAGAAACACAUUUAUUCCCGAUUGCGAACUGCGAUGGGUGGGUGUGGAGAUAAAAUCGGGAUGUUUGUAGAGCGGCAUUGGCCGACGGUUUGCAGUGGGUGCGCCAGGACAGGGAGGCUGUUUAUCCUGUUGUUGAUUUAUUGGUGGGACUGCGUUGUAAGAGGCUUUCGAUCCUUUAUCGGGUUGGAUUCUGCGGCUUUGCUCCUUAUAACGUGGAGUUGCCUUCUCAGUCUGACUUCAAUUUCUUGCGUGGUUUAUGUACUUCUUAGUAUGGGAGCUGCUGGUGCUGCUGUCCAGUACUUGGGUUACACUCCAGGACUUUUUAUUGUAGGGAUCUUUGCUAUUCUGAUUUUGUGGAUGUACGCUAACUUUUGGAUAACGGGAAUCUUAUUUAUCGUUGGAGGUUAUUUGUUCUCCCUAAAUCAUGCACGGUUGCUGGUCUUGAUGGCAACUGUAUAUGCUAUUUAUAUUGUCAAAGUUCAGGUUGGAUGGCAUGGUGUAGUUAUCUCAAUAAACCUUGCAUUCAUCUCUAAUGAUGCAUUAAAUUAUAUGCUCCAAUGGUGUGAUAAAGUGAGUGAAAGCACACACUUUGAAGAGCAAAAGCAAUCAGAAACAGUUAUGGAGGAUGAUUUUUCUGGGGAAUGUGAAUACUCUAUUCCUACUGAUCAAUCUGAAAGGCUGCACUCAUGUAACUCAUCUAGCACACCAACUACUUCGGCUGUUAUAAAUGAAAAAGAAGAAUCUUUCCCUAUUAAGGUGGUCAAAGAGGAAAUAAGUUCAGCUGAUGAGAUGAAAAAGAUUUUAGACAGUAUUGAUCACUAUGAAGCACUAGGAUUUCCUCGCCACAAAAAAGUUGAUGCAGCAAUAUUGAAAAAAGAAUACCGGAAGAAGGCCAUGCUCGUGCAUCCUGAUAAAAAUAUGGGAAAUGCAUUAGCGAGUGAAUCGUUUAAGAGACUUCAAUGUGCAUAUGAGGUUCUCUCUGAUCCCACAAAGAAGAGAGACUAUGAUGAGCAGUUGCGAAAGGAAGAAUCCAAGACUAAGAGUGUGUGCCAGAAGUCCUAUGGCACUUCACAUCAGGAAGGUCCAGAUUACUACUCUGAAGAGUCGAGACGUAUACAGUGCACGAAGUGUGGAAAUUCGCAUAUAUGGGUAUGCACAAACAGAAGCAAGUCCAAGGCUAGAUGGUGUCAGGAUUGCUGUCAAUAUCACCAAGCAAAGGAUGGAGAUGGAUGGGUUGAGUACAAAGGAUCUCUAGUCUUUAAUAGGCCACAUAAGGUGGAAAUACCACGGGCCUUUGUCUGUGCUGAGAGCAAAAUCUUUGAUGUGUCUGAAUGGGCUAUUUGUCAGGGAAUGGCAUGCAGGCCCAACACUCAUCGGCCUAGUUUCCACGUUAACAUGAUUGGUUUGGAGAAAACUCAAAGAUCCAACUCAAGUAGAUUCCCGUGGGGUUUGGAUGCUGAAAUGAUGGAUGAAGAUGAAGAAGAAUUUGAGGUUUGGCUUCAGCAAGCUCUGGCGUCUGGCCUAUUUUGUGAGACCUCUAAACGCCGAAAAACCUGGAGUCCGUUCAAGUUGCCCCAGAGAGUGAAGAGGCAAUCGCGAAGAACGUCAUGCUGAACAGCUUAAGAGGGCUAUGCCGGAAGAUGUUCCCAUCUCAAGAAAGAGCAAAUGAUUUGUCAAGAUACUGAUUGAUAGGUUGCUUGUAUCACCAAACGAAGGUUGGUGCUCAACAAAGAAGACGGGAAUGGUUUGGCGUCUUGAAAAUUAAGAUCAAAGAUCAACACGCUUUGUAUCACGACUCAAAAGGGUAAGGGCCCGAUUUCAGGCAUCAGAGCUCAGGUUGUUGUUGCUCUUGUUGCACAUUUAGUGUAACCCGAUACUUUCAAUCGCAUUUGGCAUGGUACUCAAUCUCAAUUUGUUCUACCUAACGGAUGAAAAGGCACCACAAACUGUUCCUCUUUUUGUACAUGUUUAUCUUGUCAAUAAAAUUUCUCGUUCGUUUACUUGAA